AUGCGGGAGAUAGUCAGGCUGCAUGGAGUGCCGACUAGUGUGGUGUCAGAUAGGGAUCUGAGAGGACUUGUUGAGGGCUUGUGUGCUCGAGCAGCAGGAAACUUAGGAAGAGUGCUUGCCGCUAGUGGAAUUCACGUCUCACCUGUAACCGGAGUGGGGAGAGCUCUGAAGUCUCGGAAGUUGUCCCCUAAGUUUAUUGGGCCAUUCGAAGUGCUGAGUAGAAUUAGUCUCGCGACGUAUCGGAUAGCAUUGCCUCCGAAUCUCUCGAAUCUACAUCCAGUGUUCCAUGUGUCACAACUUAGGCAAUAUGUGUCAGAUCCUUCCCAUAUGAUUGAUCUUGACCCAGUUCAAGUAAGAGAAGACUUGUCGUAUGAUGUGUACCCAAUGAGGAUUGCGGAUCAUGGUGUUAAACAGCUGAGGGGUAAAGAGAUAUCAUUGGUGAAGGUAAUUUGGAGCUCGAGUGAUGAAGGAGAUGCCACAUGA